AAUCCGGUGUAAGGAAUUUUCUUCCUAAUUACAUAUGAUUUCAUACACUUAUGAGUUAUGAAUGUUAAACUUCUAAAGGAGAGAAACGAUCAAAGAGGCCAAGAGUGAAGUAAUACCAUACUACCAAUAUUACCAAUUAGGCAAUAAUCACUCAAUUCAACAUUUCAAUUCCACAGCAAUGCAAUUACAAUCAGAAUUAAGCACCAAAAACAUCUUCUUUUUGUGUUUUCUCUUUCUUUUCUUCAUCACUGUCAAAACAACUGAAAACUCAUCUUCUGCAAUCAUCUCAAGAUUCCAAGAAUACCUCAGAAUAAACACUGCUCAACCAAAUCCAAGCUACUAUGAAGCUGCUAAUUUCAUCCUAUCUCAAGCUAAAUCUUUGUCACUUGAAUCACAAACCAUUGAAUUUGUCAAAAACAAACCCUUAAUCUUGCUCAAAUGGCCUGGGAAAAUCUCCAAAUUGCCCUCAGUUCUCCUUAAUUCUCACACCGACGUCGUUCCGGUGGAAUCCCACAAGUGGGUUCAUCACCCAUUUGAUGCCCACAUCGAUUCUGAUGGCAAUAUCCAUGCUAGAGGUACUCAGGAUAUGAAAAGUGUGGGUAUGCAAUACUUAGAAGCUAUUAGGAAGCUGAAGGAUUCCGGCUUUGAGCCCACUCGUACUGUUUAUUUAUCAUUUGUGCCGGAUGAAGAAAUUGGAGGACUUGAUGGUGCUGGGAAGCUGGCUGAAUCUGAGAUCUUUGAAAAAAUGAAUGUGGCCUUUGUGUUGGAUGAGGGAAUGCCUUCACCAAAUGAGAAUUAUCGAGCAUAUUAUGCAGAGAGGUCACCGAUGUGGCUGGUUAUCAAGGCUACAGGCGCACCUGGUCAUGGGGCAAAGUUGUAUGACAAUACUGCAGUGGAAAAUUUGUUGAAGAGUAUUGAGAGUAUUAGGAGUUUUCGAGCAUCACAACUUGAUAUGCUAAAAGCUGGCAUAAAACCUGAGGGAGAGGUGAUUUCAGUAAAUAUGGUAUAUCUGAAAGCUGGUACACAAACUCCUAAUGGAUUUGUCAUGAAUUUGCAACCUUCUGAAGCUGAAGCAGGUAUUGACAUCCGGGUUCCACCCACAGCUGAUCAGAAAUCACUUGAAAAGCGUAUUGCUGAGGAGUGGGCACCUGCUGCACGCAACAUGACAUUUGAGUUCAAGCUUAAGGUUCCGGUGGUUGACAAGUUUGGUAAACCUGCCCUCACUGUCGCCGACAAUUCGAACCCCUGGUGGGACCUCUUAGAAAAAGCCAUCCACAGUGCUGGCGGUAAACUCGGAAAGGCAGAGAUAAAUAUUGGAACAACUGAUGCUCGUUACUUCAGGCAACGAGGCCUGCCAGCUAUAGGAUUUUCUCCUAUUGCCAAUACUCCUCUUCUACUGCAUGACCACAACGAGCUCCUCAACCAACGGGAAUAUCUCAAAGGGAUUGACAUAUAUGCUUCGAUAAUCAGGGCUUAUGCUUCUUAUGCAAAAGAGACAGAAACUAUAGCUUCAAGAGAUGAGUUGUAAGAGAAUGUUUCUGAACCAAGCUGAAUAUUUGAAAGGAUCAGAUAUAUAUGUUUUUAUCAUCAGCGCUCAAAUUGCAUCCUAUGCUGAAUGAUUAAUGGAAAGAAGGUGAGGCUUUCAAGAAUGAGUUGUUGUAAACCUGGUUUCAUUUUUCACAUCACGAUUCUGCCAGAACUGAUUGCAGCAGAAGCAAUAUUUGCUGUUACUAGGUGAAGAUUUCAAGUGAUUCCAGUGGUUACUAAUACACUACUAAUGUGAACUAUGACUUUUUCGACUAUAAUCCUUUCUUGUAAUUACCUCAAGGCUCUUUUCAUUUAUCGAAACGCUCGUAUGACUCUAAUAUGUAAAUUUCUGAGAGCCUUGAAGGCCUGAAAAGCAACAUUCCUGUAGUUAUUAAAACUUUGCUGGAGUGUUAAUAUCUGGUCAUUGAUCAUUCUAAGGGAACCAAAGUUGAUGAAUACAACACAGGAUUAUCAGAA